AAAUCUCAACAUAUCCUAAACAAUGUACCUGCCAAAGGAGAACUUUAAUGUUUUGUAAAAAUAAAACAAAUUUAACUAAAAUACCAGAAAUUGGACCAGAAGUUACUGGGUUAUACAUAAUUCAUUAUAAUUUAACUUUGAAUACGAAUGACAUGAAACAUUUUACAAAACUGCAACGUUUAAAACUAAAAUCGAAUAAUAUUAAAGAACUACCCCCGGGGUUAUUUCUUAACUUAAAACAAUUACAAACCCUCGACUUAUGCUACAAUCAAUUGUCUGUUUUACCCCCUCUAAUAUUUGAGGGUUUAGUAGAACUGCAGUGGUUAUUUUUGGCUUCAAAUCGUCUGAUAUCUUUACCCCUUAAAGAAAUGUCAUCAAGUUUGCCGCGCCUGGAAUGGUUACUUUUAAGUAAUAAUAUAUUGACAUUAAAUGACAGCAAGUUUCCACGCAUGCCAGUCUUAUAUGAACUAUAUUUGGACUAUAAUAGAAUUGCAUAUAUUGGGGAGGAAACUUUUGCAGAAUUGGAUAAUUUGCAUUUACU